CACUUCAGCUUUCUUCAGCAUUUUGCAUUUAGCAAAUGGCUGUCUGCUGUUUCUGUUUUUACCGCUUCUGUUUAACCGGUCUUGAUUAUUUACCAGCACACGUUUGCGUUUUUCACUUAAAUCUGCGCGAAGAAUCCAUAGUUUAACAGUAACCGUUCUAGCCAAGUUAAUAGGCCGCAUCAGUGUGUGUAUUAAAUUAAUAUUAACUUGCGGCAUCUAUUCGUGGGUAUAGUGUUGGCCGAGUGUUAUGUCAAUGGCUUCUAUGAACGCCGCGCAAUUGAAGCAAAACAACAUGGCAGGUACAGGCACAGGUUGGCCGCGUCGAAACAGCCAAAGUUCCAAUAACUCCGCCGCCGUAACAGCUUCAUCCACUUUCGAUCAGAAAUACCCAUCGGCGGCACUCAAUCGCAUCAUCAAUUUAUAUCCGUUGACGAAUUACACUUUCGGCACCAAGGAGCCGCUCUUCGAAAAAGAUCCAAGCGUGCCAGCGCGUUUCCAACGCAUGCGAGAUGAAUUUGAACGUAUCGGCAUGCGACGCAGCGUGGAAGGAGUUCUAUUGGUGCAUGAACAUGGCCUCCCACAUGUUUUACUUCUUCAACUGGGCACAACAUUCUUUAAACUACCAGGAGGUGAACUGAAUCCUGGUGAAGAUGAAGUUGAAGGACUCAAACGUCUGUUAACAGAGACCCUGGGCAGGCAGGAUGGCGUCAAGCAAGAAUGGCUCGUCGAGGACAUCAUUGGCAACUGGUGGAGGCCGAACUUUGAACCGCCGCAAUAUCCCUACAUACCGCCGCAUAUAACAAAACCGAAGGAACACAAGCGAUUGUUCCUUGUACAACUACAAGAAAAAGCUUUGUUUGCGGUGCCUAAGAACUACAAGUUAGUAGCAGCACCUCUCUUUGAACUGUACGACAAUUCGCAAGGAUACGGUCCGAUUAUUUCUUCACUGCCACAAGCGCUGUGCAGAUUUCAAUUUAUAUACAUGUAAAGUAUGAAGAUUGCAAGGUGAACAAGGAUGGAUCUGUACAUGUGACUGAGUGUUGAAAAAUAUGAUUGAAAGCUUCACAAAUUUGCAUCUUUGGACAAUAUGUAUGUAAAGCAUUUUAUAAACUGGGAACUUCAUAUUUUCUUGAAGAAGUAACAAUGAAUGGCAGGAUAAUUCUAUGAGUUUUUAGCACAACUUACUUUUUAAUUGAAUAGCAUUACUUUAUAUGACAUACGAUUUUGUUGUAUGUAUUUAUUUGAUGGCGUAUGGUUAUGUCGUCGCUCAUUCACAUCAACUAAAUAGAUAAUUAGUACAAAUAUUAUUUUUAUGCUAUUUAUUAGCUUACUGACUUUGGAUUAAUUGUCAAAUAGUGUUCUAGCUACACGAUUUAGUCACCACAUGUAAAAACUUAGUUAUAAUUUACACAAAUGAAAUAAAAUAUUGGAUUAAUAAAUAAUUACUGCAGA